AUGUAUGGGAUCUACACUACUCUCAUGAAGAAAAGGAUAGGGGACGAGUCAAGAGUGGACAUGCCAUUGUUUUUCGGCUUCGUUGGAUUGUUCAACUUCAUCACACUGUUACCGGGCUUCUUCAUCCUUCAUUUUACCGGCAUCGAGACAUUUGAAUUGCCACCUACAAGGCGUAUCCUGGCUAUCGUAUUGAUCAACUCAGCGACUUCUCUAGUUUCGGACCUCUGUUGGGCAUAUUCAAUGUUGCUCACGUCACCUUUGGUAGUCACAGUUGGCCUCAGUCUGACCAUACCACUGUCCUUGAUUGGACAGAUGAUCGAAUACUCACAGACAUCAAGCGUAUCUUACUGGAUUGGGGCCUGUAUCGUCCUCUUAUCCUUCGUCUUCGUUAAUCACGAAAGCACUCAAAAUGAAGAAAUGGGAAAGCCAGAGGAAGAAGACUCGCUUGGAAAGCCAAGUUCACUUCUACAGAGAAUGUGGGGUAGAGUGAGGCCGCAAAUGCAGUGA